AUGUCCGAAGACGAAGCACAGCAGCUUAUACACAAGCUGCUCUUGCAGGCCCUUGCUCGCCGCCUCCCUCAAUCCAAUUGGCUCUCUUUACUCCAUCAGUUGGUGCGACGCAUCGACGCCGCGCACCAGGGGAUUCCCGAAGAUGGGGAUGCUCCAUCUCUCGCAGGCUCUGACGCUGCUGGCUGCCUCGUUCGAUACAUCCUCUCACAGCCUUUCAUCGAUCCAUUGCUCAUCGAGUACCUCCAAGCGCUCAUCUACGGUUCCGCAAACCGUUCUGGCGUCACACCCGACCAAGGGCCCGUCACAGAUGUCAUCACUGUCACCGUUCACCUCCUUGCCAAUGUCCAACCGCGAGCAUCCAACGUCCCAGCCAUCGAGACCGUUUCGUCUGUUAUCGGUCAAGGGUUGCUCAUGACCUUUCAGGCGCCCGUCCCGUUCCGCGUCUCUAGUCCAGCCUUCCUCAUCUUGCUCCAGCACCUCUUUUCGUCAUCAGCGUCAAACCAAAAGGAUGGUACGCAAGCAGGUGAGACUGGGUACCGGACCAAAGAUAGUACGAGUGCGCCUGCAGCUAUGGCCUUCGUCGUCGCCAAUCUGCGGCUCCUUUCUCUCGCAGCCGAUCCCGCCAUAUCCUCUCCGCAAAACUUGCUCGCUCCACGCGUCGCAAUCACCGUCCUAAUCAACAUUGGUCAAGCGUUGCUCGCACACGCAAUCCAGAAGCUCUCCGCCGCUCAGAUGGCAAAUGAUCACAGGCUCAAGCCUGAUGCUCCUCUCUUGACCCAAACGAGGUCCAUGGCAAAGACGUGCGUCUCCGAGAUCGAAGCAGUGCUGCAGUCCAUGAACCCAGCGUGGAAGGACGAGAUCGCGCUCUUGCGCUCCCUAACCAGCCAAAUCGGGGUCAUCGAGCACAUCAGCCAAACACUUGCAGAAGCGACCACGUCCAAGCUGUCGAUGCGCACGCACAAGAGAAAGGCAGAAACGUUGCAGGAUGCACAGCAGAGAGCCACAUGGGACCAUUUCCUCGAUGUCACGACUGUUACUGCAGCGGAGAAGCCGGCCGUCGAGCCAGAAAUGGCCUUCCUCGUGCACUUGCUUGUCGACCAUCACACUGCAUGGGACACCAAACUGGACGCCGUCAAAACGCUGUUCCUUGCUAGGCGGAAUGCAGCGCCGCCAUCGCUGACGCUCGAAAAAUCACUCACGGCUUUCUACUUUGAAUUGCUCGUCGCCGCCAUCGAAGCAUGUGCUACAGUCGUCGAGUCGCCUCCGGCGUUCAAAGGUGCUCAGGUCUAUGUCGCCAUCUGGAGACACGCGCUAUGCGGGAUGAUCCCCGAACUCGUCCUUCAGCUCGAACAGUGGCUCGAUGAUCGCCAGGAUCUACCCCUGCGGGGACAGAGAUUGGAGGCGCCGCACGUCCGGCUCGAAGGUGCACUCCGUGCUGCGUUGCUUGUCAUGGCGAGUCGACUCGACACGUGCGAAAGCGCCACGGGUCCAUCGCAAGCCCAAUCCAAUGCUGCCGCGGUUGUCGGCGGUGAAGAGGCUGGAGCGGUCCACGCGAGCGUGAUGACCGAUGUGUUGGGUCUCGACUCGCCGCCUUUGCAGCCGAUCAAAGCCUGGCUGUUACGCGCAUGCAUUGAGCACUCACUGGCUCGGCCUGAAGCCAUCGCGGACGAGUUCCCCGAUGGACAUAAGCUCGCGUCGGAAGUGCAGAGCCUCACGCAAUCCCUGCGGAUGGAUGCACAACUCGAAGGGCUUGCGCUAAACACUCUUUUCGAGACACGCAUCUCGACAGACGAUCCAAUCGAGCUUCUCCUUCGCGUAGCGUCAGAUCCGGGGACGCACUACAUCUUUGCGCGCCAGCUCGUGCUACAGAUGCAAGGAUGGUUGGAGCAGCACGAUCUCGAGAGCAUCGCGAGGUGGUGUAAGGCGUUGAGUGAAGAUGCAACUCAGGGUGGCGCGGUGUUGGAUACGGUGAUGAUGUACAUCGAUCCAGUGCAGUUGCUGGACCCGCUGGCGAGUGUUUUGGAUCAUCAGGAUGUUGGGCAGACGAGCGACGAGCCAUCGACAUUGUCGAAUAUCUUGUUGUUUGUACAGCUGCUGUGCUAUCGGUAUUCGAUCUUGCCGUCGCGCAUCUCGCGGUACACUGUGCCGAAUCGCGAAUUGGACCUCGGCGGGGCGUCUACUCAGCACGACUCGGACCGGUCGAGUCCGCCGUUGCUGGCAACGCACCUGGCAUCGUCUUCGGUAUGCUACCCGCUCUCUGCGCUGUCCGAGGAAGAACGCGGGCUAGUCGCAGGCUGGAUCCACGCGCUCUUUGGCAACGAGGGCAUCUCGGACGACCUCAUCCAAGCCUCUCCUCCUACCACGCUCCUCCGCCUGUCCCCGCUCCUCUUUUCCCAAAGCGUCGCUGCCUGCCAGUACGGCAUGAUCGACCUUGAAACACUUCGUGGCGGGCUGAGCUACUUCCUCCAAGACUUGCUGUCGUUCGCACUGCCCGGCGCACUCGUGUGGCUGCUCGCCGAGAUCGUGCGCAUCCCAGCGCAGCCUGUGCUGGACUUCUUGUCCCAGUCCGGCCUGCAGGCGUCCGUGGUCGAUGUGCCCUCGAGCGACGGUACGCUGGCGAAUGGGCUGCCGAGGAACGCUAGCUCGAGGACCGUGCAUUUAGAGGUGUUGGCGCUGUUGGUGGAUACAGAUGCGUGUCCCGCGAGUGUGAGAGAGUUGAUUGCGGGGGCGUUUGGGAGGUUUGUGGCUGCGGUGGAGUCGGAAAGCACUGGAAAUGGGGCGGCUGCACUGGGUGCUGGGUGCGAGACGUUUAACCUGGCGGCGUUGAAGGCGAGGAUGGAGGGGGCGGGGGUUACAGCGAAUCUCCUGAGCAGUGGUGGCGCUUCCUGGCUGCGAACGCUCCCGGGUCAGCGAGCGUCAAAAGGGGAGUCCAAGCUUGUUCAGAUGCUGCUGUCGCCCCAAGCGCGCGGGGGUGGCUUCGACCGGGUCAUCCGCGCGCUGGGCAAGGGGGAGUGCGUGCAGAGCAUCGCAGAUCAGAAGACGCUCGCUGCAUGGCUUUGUCUAGUUGCACCGGCAUGUGGUGGCAGCAGCGCCGAGGUGGCGCCUGUGCUGCGAUUCGUACAGCGGCUGGAGUUGGGUGCGAUGGAGGAAGUCGAGGCGGCGGCUCGGGUGGUGGGGUUGGUGCUGGGGCUUGUGCGAGCGGCUGAGGUACAGCGCGCCGGGGACACCGGGAAUGACGCGGCAGCUGAGUUGCUGGCGCUUGUUGACAGUCGGGGUGACGGUGAUGCGGGGGAGAAAGCCGCUGCACCAGCAACAACGGAAGGCGCAGACUUGUUCGACGACGAGCCGUCCACGCCUCCUUUGCCCUCCUCCCUAGCUCCCGCCGCGCCCUCUCACGCCCGUACCACGACCACCACCACCAACACAGCAGACAAACCAACGCCGAUCUCAGCAGCACACCUUGUCGCAAGUCGACGAUUCAACCCUACGUCACGACAGGUCUGCGAUCUGAUCGCGUUGAAGCUCGUCAGGCUGAGGAGUCGGCGCAAGGCUCCUACCAGCAGGGUCAAGUGGGAAGUGCUCAUGGAUGCGAUUGCCGAUCACUUGGAAGGGGUGGAUGGCGAUGGAGGAGGAGGCGGGAAUAAGGAAGGUGGCGGUGGGGGAUGGGGUGGCUGGCUGCCACUGUUGCAGUGA